CUCCGUUCCGUGUAACAAAUCAUCUGCUGCGGGAAGAGCUGUCGUGAUUCGCUACCCCUUGUUGCUGCUGUGACACUGGGUGUGCCUUGUCCCGAUGGGGGCAGCAUCGAAUUGUGAUAUGGGCAUCGAGAUUCUGGCAUGGGAAAGAGACUGUCAGACAGCUUGCCGGAUGAUGACACCCGAGCCCCCACUUCUGGCGUUAUGAGGGCAAUCAGGGGUCUCGUGUCCACAUUGUCAACACUGAAGCAUCCAUGGUCGGUCAGUUAUCCUCACGAGGCUUGAAGGCAUGGUCAGGAGAGGUCCAGCACUAUCUACCCUGUCCUGGGAUGAUAGGGAAGACUCCCGUAUGCUUCCUGCUUCUUGUCGCCCGGGAUAAGCGUACCAUGCAUAUGUACGGAGUACUCCGUACAUUGACUCUAUCUGCUGCGAGACCUACAUUACUCUGCAGGUUGUCAUCGACGAUGCGGCAGUCUGCUCUCAAGAGAGACCUCGGGUUGUUGAAUUUUACCCACGACACAAUCUUGUCGCCUUGUCAGUGGUACAGUCUGGGGAAACUCAUUGGAGGACCUCUUUCCAACUUCCUCACAUGUCCUCUGCGGAUGUUUCAAAUUCUCAUCGGACGUGAAAACUUCAUAGACGUAAAUUGGGCGAGGGAAUCCACGUGGGCUGGCCAUCGACGAUCCGCUUCUUUUCUCCGGGUCGGUGAGCUGGUUUUGGCUGGGCCCUGCAGAAGGGGACGGCACAUGGGCAUGCGGGGCUUGCAUGGGAAUUCGUGAAUGCUGAUAGCCGUUGGGUAGACAGAAGAGGGUGCCAAAUAAUCACGCAACUUGGGCUAAUGAGAGGCCUGGAUGCUGUCUGUUUGUGACUGGGUCCAAAAUCAUUCGCUGGGGUAUGAUGUUGUGAUGGUUGAGAGCCUGCAUCUGUUAUUGUUUGUGGCCGGCAGGCUCAUCCGGC